AUGGACGAGAGACAGGCACCUUUAGGCAUGACUGUCCACCUCCUGGCCAACUCUGGAUAUGCCCUGCCUUUGCAGCAAACUCUUGACCGCCUCUUGGAGUGGAUUUGCCCAGAAGUUCAUCUGUUUCUGGUGUCAGAGAGAGUGACUCCAGUGAAAUGCUAUGAAAAAUACCAUUCCAAGAGGUCUGGGUUCCCAGGGACUUCUGUCUUGCUCUUCUUGAAUGAAGACCAUGGGGAAGAGCGGCUCUUUCACAUCUAUGACUCAUUCCAGCAACCGCCAUGGCAGUCCCAUCCCACACAGAAUGCGGGGGGAAGGCUGUGCCCCUACACUCUUACCAAGCAGGAUUUCUACAGCUUAGAUCCUCACAUGCCUGUGUGGGGGGUGCGACAGGUGCAUUGUGGCAGCGAGAUCCUUCGGGUGACCUUAUAUUGCAGCUUUGAUAACUAUGAAGAUGCAGUCAGACUUUAUGAAAUGAUCUUACAAAAGGAAGCCACCACCCAGAAGGACAACUUCUCUUUCUUUGUAGUGUAUUCAAAGAAAAACUUUUCAAUCCAGCUGUCCUUGAAGCAACUUCCCCUGGGGAUGUCUGUGGAAGUCAGAGAAUCUUCGGUGCUACAGUUCAAGGUUCAAGAAAUUGGCCAGUUAGUGCCACUUCUGCCACAUCCCUGUGUUCCUAUCAGCAGCACCAGAUGGCAAACUCAGGACUAUGAUGGAAACAAAAUUCUCCUACAGGUCCAAACAAACACAGGACCAGGUGAAAACAAGGGUGAGCUUUCCUCUAAGCACAGCCCUACGGGAGCUGACACCCCUCUCCAAGACUCCAGCCAAGGCCUGAUCUCUGCUAAAAGGACCCCAGAACAGAGAAGUAGGAGAAACCUAACCCGGAGGUCAAAGCCCAUGUUCCCAGAGCCUCCUGAUCUGGCAGGGGGCACUUUGCCAUCCAGAAGCUCCGGGAGGACUCCCUGCACUAGCUCUUGUUCAUCCCACUCUAACAGCCCCUCCUCAAUCUCCCAGUGGGACAGGCCCUCUCCACAUCUGGAAUCAGCAGCUGGAAUCAAAACACACGGUCAAGGAAACAGUUUUCAGAAGCCUGAGGCGGAGACGAAUGUUGAUACAGGGUUCACAGUAAUCAAUUCAGAACAGAAGCAAUCUUCUCUGACAACAUUUCCAAGGGAUUUGCAAAGCAGCCUGCCUGCAUCGUGGAGGCCAAGUUCUCUGUUAGCUAUAUCUGGCUCAAGAAAUAAGCCAUCUGAGGAGACGACCCACCCCUUACCAUUUGCUGGCCAAAGGGACAGUGGUGCUGGGCAGACAACCUUGGCGUUUCACCUGCCACAAAUACCCCACGGAAACGACGAAGAAUUCUUUAUAUGA